UUGGACAAUAGCGCUGUAAUUCCGAUAACGUCACACCUUUUCGCUUUCGUUGGACAUCAGGAAGUCAGGCGAGUUAAGUGUCAGCAUGGAUUCAGAAGAGGAGAAAGGGAACCUGGCGCAGGUUCGGCACGUGGUCCUGGUGCUCUCGGGCAAAGGAGGAGUGGGCAAGAGCACUCUGACCACAGAACUGGCCCUGGCACUCCGGCAGGCUGGCAAGAAGGUGGGGAUCCUCGAUGUCGACCUCUGUGGCCCCAGUAUCCCCCGCAUGCUGAGUGUGGGCCGGCAGGAGGUGCACCAGUGCGACGCGGGAUGGGUGCCGGUCUACACCGACGCGCACAAGAGCCUGGCCCUCAUGUCCAUCGGGUUCCUUCUGGAAAACCCGGAUGACGCCGUGAUUUGGAGGGGCCCCAAGAAAACAGCUCUGAUAGGCCAGUUUGUGUCGGACGUGGCCUGGGGCGAACUGGACUACCUGCUGGUGGACACGCCUCCGGGCACGUCGGACGAGCACCUGGCCGUGGUGGAGAGCCUGCGGAAGCACAGGGUCGACGGCGCCAUCCUGGUCACCACCCCCCAGGCCGUUUCCACAGGAGACGUGAGGCGGGAGAUCGCAUUUUGCAAGAAGACGGGCCUGCGUGUCCUGGGAAUCGUGGAGAAUAUGAGUGGGUUUGUCUGUCCGCAUUGCUCGGAAUGCACAAAUAUAUUUUCCAAAGGGGGUGGAGAGGAACUGGCCAAGCUGACAGAUUCACCAUUUUUAGGCUGUGUCCCUCUGGAUCCCCAGCUCAGCUCCAGUUUAGAAGAAGGAAGAGAUUUCCUGCAGGCCUUCCCGGACAGCGCCACCUUCGGCGCCAUCAAUCAGAUCGCUCACGCAGUGAUGACCAGCAUCGCCGAGCGCGGGUGACCCCUGACCCGCCCUGCCCGCCGCAUGCCCACCUUCUACCUGCUGCCUUUCCCUUCAGAGAAACAAACUGGACGUUUUUCUAUACGGACCAUGCUGUGUU